AUGCAUUGCGAAGGGCUGCUGGCGAAACGCGCAAAGGGCCACAACUUGUUCGGGCUCCUCUUCGACAUCGAUGGGGUGCUAGUGCGGGGCCGCACACCCAUCCCUGCAGCCAAACAGAUCUUUAGGAGCUUGGUGGACCGGAAGGGAAAGUACAAAGUGCCUGUGGUGUUUGUGACCAACGCAGGGAACUCUAUGAGGCAGACCAAAGCUGAACAACUGUCGCACCUGCUGGAAGUGGAGGUGUCUCCAGACCAGGUGAUGCUGUCCCACAGUCCUUUGCGUAUGUUCAGUCAGUAUCACAACAUGUGUGUGCUGGUGUCAGGCCAGGGCCCAGUGCUGGAGGUGGCUCAUAAUCUGGGGUUUCAGAAUGUUGUGACCAUAGACAUGCUGAGGGAUGCCUAUCCGCUUCAGGACAUGGUGGAUCACAACAGAAGACCCAAAGACAUGGUUCCACCAAGUAAAGAGUUACCCCCGAUAGAAGCCAUCAUUCUGUUUGGUGAGCCAGUCAGAUGGGAGACCAACCUCCAGCUAAUAAUGGAUGUGCUCUUAACCAAUGGGAAGCCUGGGAAUGCCCUGACAACACUGCAGUACCCUCACAUUCCAGUGCUGGCCUGUAACAUGGACCUGAUGUGGGUGGCUGAGGCCAAGAACCCCAGGUUUGGUCACGGAAUGUUUCUGGUGUGUCUGGAGAGUCUGUAUAAGAAGGUGACUGGCUGUGAGCUGAAGUACGCAGCUCUGAUCGGAAAGCCCAGUGUGGUGACCUAUAACUAUGCUGAGCUGCUCAUCAGACAGCAGGCUGAGAGUCUGGGCUGGACUCAACCUGUGGAGAGACUCUACGCCAUCGGUGACAACCCCAUGGCAGACAUCUACGGCGCCAACCUCUACAACCGCUACCUACAGUCCUGCCACCGCACCCGGGCCCUGAUGCAGCUCGGAGGGGGGGAGCCUCAGAGCCAACCCCUGGAGGACCCACACGAAAUGACCUGUGCCGAGAUGGGAGGGGUUACAGGGGCGUACGGGGGCGAGGAGCCCCUCCCUGUGGGGUGCAGCUCCAUCCUGGUGUGUACGGGGGUGUACAGCCGGGACCAGCAGGAACUGCCCCCUGACCCCAGGCAUACGGUUACAGAGCAUCGGAUCUUCCACGGUCACAGGGACUUCCGCUUUGACCCCAACCUGACCCAGCCAUCCUUCAUGGUGCAGGAUGUGAAGGAGGCUGUGGAGCUGGUGUUCCAGCAGGAGGGAUGGCCUCUGGAGUAGGGGCCUGAGUCUCAAUACUGUCCUGUCCCGUACCCUGGUCACAGCACUGCUUGCCAGGUCAAUUAACAGCAGCUCAAUGUCUGGGUCUCUGAGGCUGUAUUUACACAGGCAGCCCAAUUCUGAUUUAUUCUUUUUCAGAUCUGAUCCGAUUGGUCAAAAGACAAAGGAGUGGCAAGAAAAUCUAAAUUGUGCUGCCUGUGUAAACACAGCCUUUCUUUGGUUAGGACAGGGUCUAAGAGUUCACAUGGUCACAGAGGGGUCUAAGAAACUUCUAAACGUCCUCCUCAACUGCCUCACUCAGCCAUGCUAGUACAGUCGCUCGAACUGCGAACUACAUCACAAGUCUAGAAUGUCCAUGCACAUUUACCAUACUGUACUGCCAUUGAGAUUUCCCUAACUUUUACAUUUCUGUUGUGUCCUGUUCUAAGGAGUGUAGCAUGCUGACUAGGCCUUCCAAGUUCCGUGCACGAGCAUUGCAAAAUGUAUGCAUGUUAUUCAAUAAUUUCAUCCAAACUGCACGCGGGCGUAGUCAGGUGCUAAAAUAGAACUUUCAACUCACUGAAUGUGAGAUUAACUAACUAGGUUUCCCCUUUUAUCUGUGGUUUAAUUGUCGACUUUUGUAUUUCAAAAUGGGUAAAUUCUACAAUGAUCCAGAAAAAAAGACCAUAUUUAUUUGGUGUAAAAUAACAACCAUAUAUUUAUUUCCUAGAACAAAUUGGCUAGCGAUAGCAAGCUAGCUAAAUGUCUGUAUUUCGACCCGUCUCCAAAUGAAUAUAGUUGAUUUUGGUAUUUUAAUCUGCGUCUCGUGGGGAGAUUUAACAUGUGCAAAUAUGUAAUGCUGUCUGUUGUGGCUAUCAUGACUGUUUUUGGCUUGAUGAAUAAUAUUCUUAGUGGACUGAAUACAUGAAAUACACUGUUGAUAGGCCAUUUACUUUACUGUGAUGGGUUAGCUUUUACAAUAUAUUUAUGUCUUUCUGCCAUGUCUAUCCAGGCUUGUUACAGAAUCUCAGGAACAACUUCAUGCAAGUGACCAGUUUAAGUCCAGGAAUGUUCUUUGAUGGACUCCACAAUUGAUGCAAGGCUAGUUGUUCCAUUUACCAUGAACUAAACAGGUGCUACAUAUGACUGUUCAAGUAACGUUUGGAUCGUCUUACAACAGCCAUUAGCAUGUGAAGGCAGGCCGUUGUGGGGAUGUAAAGCAUUUUAUGGGAUUGUUAGUGUUUUAUGCAGGGAUGUCAACAUUUUUAGCUAUGUUCAAUUGGCCAAAAGUUCUGAGGGAAAGACAUGACUGUGGAAUUGUCAUAAAUGCAACACUGUAUUUGACAAACGGAAGGACAGUAAAGUGUUCACAGGAGUGUUCAUUCUUUCUUC